UGGAAAAGAGAAAGAACCAUCCUCCCCUUGCAGGUCGGGGCUCCGUGCCCAGCCUUCCCACUCGCAAAGUCGCGUCCGCACCAGCAGCCGAAAGAAGGCAAAGUAAACUCGGAUCAGCGAACUUGGAAGAGAGGUAGGGGAAAGAAGCCGCCGUCAAGGACGAGAGCGGAGCGGGAAGCCAUGGCCUCCAGGAACUUCCUUAUCCGAUCCCCCAAGGAGGAGGAAUCCAACGCCGCGGUCCGAGAGGCCAUCUUGUUGGGUGGGAAGAACGCUGCAAUUGCUGGUACUGUGGUUGCGGUUCCUACGUUGGUUGGUUGCCGUGUCUUUCCUUGGGCUAAGCGUAAUCUCAACUAUACCGCACAAGCACUCAUCAUAACGGCAGCCUGUAUCGCUGGCUUCUUCAUCACUGCUGAUAAAACCAUUCUACGAAACGCAAGACAAAACACCAUUGGGAGGAUCGACAAGUCAACUUGACCCUGGACAGAGGAGAUUGGUGGGAAUGGCAGGAACUCCACUCUUGCUCUUGGGUGGUGCGUGAGAACAGUGCGAUGAAUCAACAAUUUUCAGAUUUAAGCAGUUUCAAACUAACUGAUGUGAAUUAAGCUUAAGUUUGCUCCCGAUCUAAAGUGCAAUAAUAGAUGUUUUCGUUUUGUUUUUAUGUGAAGAUGUGAACUAUUCCUCUAAAAUCUGGCUAUCCCUGUUCCAUCGAGUUUUGGCUCCCAACCAAUGUAUUUGGUGGAGUAGAGCGGUAUUAAGCAUCUGAUCCGAAA